AGAAUGGAGAAGAUCGAGCACGCGACUGUUCGCACCAAUGGCAUAAACAUGCACGUGGCGUCUGUCCGCGACGGCCCCGACACCGUCCUCUUCCUCCACGGCUUCCCGGAGCUCUGGUACUCGUGGCGCCCCCAGAUGGUGUCCCUCGCGGCCCUCGGCUACCGCACCGUCGCGCCCGACCUCCGGGGCUUUGGCAGCACCGACGCACCGCUGCGCAUGGAGUCGUACACGGCGUUCCACGUGGUGGGGGACCUGGUGGGGAUGCUGGACGCGCUGGGGAUCGGGCAGGCGUUCGUGGUGGGGCACGACUGGGGGGCGAUCAUGGCGUGGUACUUGUGCCUGCUCAGGCCCGACCGAGUGAGGGCGUUGGUCAACACAAGCGUCCCGUGGUGCCCCGGCGGCACGUGUUUCCCGAGUGAUCCGGAGAAGAAGCCCGUCGAGUCGAUAAGGGCGAUGUACGGAGAUGAUCACUAUGUUUGCAGGUUUCAGGAACCUGGAGAGAUAGAAGAGGACUUUGCAAAAGCUGAUCCUCCCAAACUCAUUCAGCUGUUCCUCACAACCCGCAACCCAGGCCCACCUCGCGUCCCUAAGGAUCUAGGGUACUCGGGAAGGACCAAACUGUUGGAGGGCAGCCAGGUUGACUUGCCCUCUUCGCUGACGGAGGAGGACAUCAACUACUACGCCACCCAAUUCAGCCGGACCGGCUUCACCGGAGGAUUAAACUAUUACCGUUGUUUGGACUUGUAUGUUCCUCUCUCUAAGCUUAUGCUCGCUUCCAGGUUAAAUGUUUGAAAUGGCACCAGUAAAUAUUUGAAUAUCGCAUCUCGUGGUCGUUCGAUUUGGCUUGAGUUUGGUGAAAAUUGAUAGAGUAGAAAUCCAAGUGAUACAUGGAAAUGAUCAUCACAUAUGGAUGAAUGGCGCCAGUUUGUGAUGUGCCUAUACCUUCAUAUCAAGUUGGUGCCAUCCUAAAAUGUUUUUCAAUUGGGAUUAUAGAAGGCAUUUAUUACUAGUGAAAAUGUUCUAAGCAAUGUUGGUUUCGAGCUAAUUGCGCAAGUGUGACAGAUUUUGAUUUCUCUCGAUAAAUUCAUAUCAUUUUUUAGCCUCCUGUCUUGUUGCUGCUCUGGAUGAUCAU